AAUAUAUAAAACUUCAUAACAGAAAGAUAAUCAGUACCUACAAGUUGUUAUGUGAAUACACCAUAAUGACUUGUUUUAAAUAAUAAUUUAUCAGAUAGGUGGAUCAAAAAAAAUAUAAGAAACUUACAAGAGACUGGAUUUAUUUGCAUUAUGAAAAGUGCCAAAAUAUUAAACAAAAAAGACUGAAAUGUGCACUAAAGAAGUUUGAUGCAGAAUAAUAUACAUUUCUGGAGAAAUAUUUUUAGGAUGAAUUGGACAACAAACACUGCUUGGCUUUCUACACAAAAGUCACUUUAGUCCACUAUUGAGGACAACCUAUGUCAAUUUUCAAUUAACUUUCCGCUGACUACUGACUUCUUACAGCUAGUAUUAUAAUCUGGUCUCUAUUUGUUAUUAAAGAGGAGUUAACAAUCUGUAGUGAACUUUUCCUUUUUAAAUAUUGUACCCACCUAAUCAUUGCUUUAGACUCACUACCUAUAUAAUAGUGAUGUAACGAAUGUUACAUUUUCGAUAUUUCCGAUUGCGAAUGCGAACAUCUGCGACGAUAUUUUCGAAUGCGAAUAUUGACUUAAGAAUUUGAACCAAUUUGUCUAUGGUUUAAUUUUGACAGCUGAUUUGUAGCGCGAGUUGCAUCAACUUCUAGUAAGGUCAAAGUAAACAUCAAAUACCAACCGAUUGAAAUAAUAAAAAGUAGGGUACAGCAAAAGUUUGAUGGAGAUCAUUGGUUAACUAUUAAGAACAAAGUGUUAAUAGCCCCCAUAGAUGCCGUGAUGGCGUUGAACGUUUUUAAUUUCAUAUACAUAGAUAUUUUUAAUGGACUGCCCAGUUUUCCAAGCAUAUUAAGCUCAAAAAUGGCGGUGAAAAAGCACGAACUGGUUCAUGACAAUCGAAAUCAAUUGGAUCUGCUGGCAUUGGAACAAUACAUCCAACUGAUGAACGAUCAGACAGACUAUAUGCCACCACCACCUCAAGAACUCGUGAAAAACUGUCAGGACAUUGUCAAAUGUCUUGCUCGUGCAUCUGGCAAUGAAGAGCAGAUGUGGAGUCUGUUACAAACUGUGGAAGAAUAUUUGCUUCGAAUUGUGAACACGGUUCACAGUAGUAUUCGUCACGAAAUCGUAACAGCGAUUCUUGAUAAAUUUUACACGUUCAUCUCUGAUCCUCAAUCGGACGCUUGUCCUGCCGCAUCGGUGGUCCUUAUCGUACUAGACUGUUCUGACGCAGAGGGUAAUUUGUCAGCUGCGCGCUGGCUAGUACAGCAGGGAGAUAACGGUCCAGCAGGAGCGGGUCUAAGAGCUUCUCUGUCUUGCCUCUAUUGCUGGCUACACGAAUGGCAUGGUACUCCUGCGUUAGGAGAUUGGGUUUUGGCAUUUAUAAAAGCCUUAGAGGAAAAUGAACGCUUUGAUAUCCUGAUUGAAGUAUCGGUAGACAACUUGGGUCGCCUUUUCUUAGCUUUGAACGACCCUGUAUCACUCCGACAGUCCGUAGCUGAGGUCAUUUUCCACGUUUUAGCAUCACUCCGUGAAUCCACUGAGGCUUUUGACAGGAUUGCACCCCACGUUGGACGUGUUUUGGCUAAUCUUGCCAACGAUAGCGGUCAGUGGAGCCGUCAGCUUCUACAAAACGUCGUUGACAUUCUAACAGCUACAGUCGACGGACAUGUCGAUGCUUUAAAGGGCGAUGCUCAGGAUAUGUUCAAAGACAAAUACGAUGAUGUGAUUCUGUGCUUGGAACGUCAUAUGGCCUCUCGUGGUUGCCGCUAUCUGCAGCAACACCCGUGGCGCGCUCGUAACGUUUGCUUGACCAGUGUAAGCACACACGCACCAAUGAGGAAGGUGGGACUGUUGAACCUUGGCAACACCUGCUACAUGAACAGCGUCAUGCAAGCUCUGCUUGUCACAAGACAAUUCAGCACUCACGUGGUGCUGAAGAUGACCGCUGUGCCCUAUUGGGCGAAGAUGGGCAUUCUGUUUGGGAAGAUGAUGCACUCCAUCACUACCAAACUCAACCCGGACGAGUUCUUUGCAGUAGUGAAGCCACCGUUCUUCACCAGGGACAACCAACACGACAGCUCCGAGUUCUUAGGAUAUUUAUUUGAGCUGUUGCAAUCCUAUGAGCACUGCUCUGAUCUCAACUUCGAUUACACUCGCCCAGCCGUGCUGUCCAGCCACAGCCGCCUGCGUAUAGUGUCACAGACAUCUCAGCAGGCUGCGCAGUCUACAAGUACCGAUGCCAAUGAUAAUAAUAACGGGGAGGCCGGUCCCAACCGCCGUUCGGUGUCGCCCCGCCCAAGUAGCAGUGCUGCUGGGUCGAGUUCCGGUGUACACAAGCGCCCAAGCACUGAGAUGGAGAGCGUGCCGCCAAAGAAACGGCUCCGCAUGUAUGAGUCUGCGUUCCUCCGACGCGACUCUUUCAUUGACAGCAUGUUUGGCGGAGUCCUGCUCACUCGUGUAGAGUGCACUGAGUGCCACUCAUCGUCACUCUCCCGUGACGUGUUCCGAGAUCUGCAACUGGCGUUCCCUGACAAACCAGAAGGCUGGCAACACAACGUCCAGAGCCUGCUCGAGUAUUACUGCUCCAAAGAGAGCCUAACAGGCGAGAAUCAGUACCAGUGCCGUGACUGCGGAGAGCUCCGCGACGCUGAAAGAAGCGUGCUCAUCGAAACUACUCCAAAGUACCUGAUUCUUGUGCUGAAGAAUUUUAAAUUUGACCCGAAGCUCCAGGUUCAGACGAAACUGAUGCACUCGAUGUAUCACAACCACACCAUCACAUUGCCGACGGUUCGCUCUCAGGCAGUACACGCCUCCUACACCCUGUACGCCGCGGUCAUACACGCAGGUACAACGCUUGACUCGGGCCACUACUACACUCUGGCCAAAGAUAACGACCAGUGGAACAUGUACAACGACGACGUCGUCACAUCGUCUGAUGAGGCCCAACUGAACGGUCUGAACCGCUCAAGUACGCCCUACAUCUUGUUCUACAGGCGCACAGAUAUUGAAGAGGGCACAGCUCCCUCUAUGGAAGAGCUUCCCCCUAAGGUGCAGGAGACCGUGAUGUCUCACAACAAGCAGUACGUCGAGACUGUCCGGAAAAUGCGUCUGGCGCGUCCAUGACAGUUAAGGUCCGAUAAGCACAUCGAUUUCUCGGUGUUGGACAACGCAGUUGCCGAAUAGGAAUAUCUACUUUAUCAUCUUACCAUAACAUGAACUCUAGAAGUGAACUAUAUAUGUUACGGUCGUUGCAAAGCAGUGACAGUUAAGAUCACGUCACAAAAUAAAAAAAACUAAGAAUAUAGGAAAUUGUGCAUCCAGCUCCGCCUAUUUUGCUAUUCUGGCUGACAGUCUCCCUCUGUGCUUUGUGAUGACUAUUAAUUAGAAAAGACGAAGCCUCGUCAACUUAUCACAACACUAAGAACAGAUAGAAUGUGACGACUAUUUCUAUGUGAUCGCUACGACAGGUUUCCUUUCAAAAUUCCUCGACAGGAAUUUUAAUUCUAUACAUAAAUAUCUGUACUAUUACAUACAUAUGUAUAAGUGAGUGUUGAGUAUUUGCUGGAUUUUCCAAGAUAAAUUUAUUAAUAUGUGCUAUAAAAUAGAGAGAAGUAUUUAAACAUUUAUAUUUUAAAUCUCUAAACCCUAUUCGUUCUUUAAUUGGAAAUUAUUAAAUGCGAUCGCCAACCCGCCUGCCAAGCGUGGCGAGUAUUGGCAAAUCAAUACGAACCGGUCGCCAGUCUCCGGCAGUCCCAACGCCCCUGGCUGCCGUGGAACCGACGGCCGCUGGGGCAGAAAGGUUCUUGAGUGAAGACUGCUGGAGUACUGGCAAGGGCAGCGUAGGACGCGGGACAGACGACCUGAUGAAGGUCGCACGGAGCCGCUGAAUGCAGGUCGCUUCCAACCGGCCUAUCUAGAAGUCAUUGGGGGAGACCUAUGUUCAGCAGCGGAUAUCUUUGGCUGAUAUGAUGAUGAUGAUAAUGAAACCCUAUUCGUUCUAGAAGAACUAUUUACUGUGAAAUAUAAAUCAAGAGACUGGAUUGCUCUUGUUAGAGACUACAGGGUAUCCCUGGAAGCAAGAAACAAAUCAAGCAGGGGCAUAGAGUAGAUCAUUCCCAGCUUUUUGAUCUUGCAAUGGUGAUCCGAUUCUUAACGAUAGUCAUAUUUUUUGAACCGUUAAGAAUCGAACUAACAUUGCCAGAUUAAAAAGUUAGGGGAUCACCUCCUCUGUUCUCCUGUUCAAUAUGAUCCAUACUUCCAGAGAAACUCUGUACAUAUAUACAAAACAGUUAAAUAUAUCGGAUUGUAUUAUUUACAUAACGUGUUGUGCGGCUCGAAGAAAAUAAAUGUGCAUGACAUUAUUAUUAUUUAAAUUAUUCUUAUUUUGUAUCGUUUUACUGACGCGGCAUAUUGGCAGGUAUCGUUUUUAUUGGCAAGUCAUUAAUGACUAAAUUAAAUCAAUUUGAAAUGAUAUAUAUAUAUAUAUAUAUACAAGACUAGCAAACCCGGCGAACUCCGUUUCGCCACCAAUGAUUUUCCCUGUUUUCCUGAUUUUCUCUUAAAUUUUUCCUGAAUUUUCUUUGCUAUAAACCUUACGGAGCCCUAGACCUUUCCAACGAAUGCAAAACCGUGGAAAUCGGUUCGUGCGUUCUGGAGUUAUAGCGUCAGGAAGGAAAACCCGACUUAUAUAUAUAUACAAGAUAAUAAAUAAGCAUACAGCAUGAUUUUACUAUCCUACGAAACAUUCAAGGGGACAUUGAAUGCACCCUACGACUUAAGUAACAUCAUCGUGCAGUCUAUUUACAAUAUCUUUAGACCGUAACAUAUAUACAUAGAAAGUUGAAAAUGAAAUUCUGUAUCAUCGUUAAUGUACCUAUAUCUAUAAGUGAACCACGUUAACAUAAGUCUUUAAAAUUAUCAUCUGCGAUAUUUUGCAAUAAAUCUCGUUAUUUUUAUUAAAAUUAUGAAUGUUAGAAUAAUUUUAAAAUGAUAUUAUAGAUAUCUAUUCGUGUUGAUAUUGCAUAAUAUAUCUAUUCAUUUUGAAAUCAUAAAUUUUAUCAAUAUAAUGUGUGUUAUUGGUAGUUUAAAUAAAUGGAAAGAUUUCAGUGAAUUCAGAAAAAAAAUCAUAUUAAGAUUAUCGUAUAAACUUAGAGUAAGUAGAUAAAGGAAGCCGCAGUGAGACGCACUGCGGUCACUAGAGCUAGAGUUUUAAUGUUAUCACAUUAUAAUAAUAUAGUAACGUAAUUUUGAAUACAUCUGCAUGUUCCGUGUUUUAAUAGUAUCCAAUCGCUGAAAUCCUCCACUCUUAUUAAAUCAUCUUAUUAAUGUAUAAGUGACGAGAUUUCUUGCAAAUGUCUAACAAUUUUACUUGACUUGUCACUUUAUAUUUUAUUAUAUUUUUAAACUUAUCAUCGGCGAACGAUUUUCAAAUGUAAUUUUUUAAAGAACAAUUUUAACGUUUACUAGUUUUUGACUCGUUUGGCAAACAGUUACCCUUUGUUUGUAGAUGACUAUAUAGUGUGCCAAUUUUUCAAAAUUGUUAGUGUCACUCAUAUUUGGUUUUCUAUAUAACGAAAGGCGAAGUAUUUUCAUAUUCGUGGAGCGUCAUUUUCAUAUUAACUCACGGUUUUUAAAGUGUUAUUAACGUGUUUUCUGGCACUCGUCAUAAAUUAAGCAAGUUGUGUACGAAUAAUGAUAUAAUAACUUUCUAUUAAAGUUGUAGUUGAAUAUAUUUCCUCCAUACAUUGGCGCUCUGUGUUACCGUAUAUACAUACAUUAUAUAUUGUUAUACAUUCUGACAACACUGUCUUUGUGUACUUUCCUAUGUGUCUCAGAUAGAUGUAUUAAUGUUAAACAAAAUAAUGUAAGUUCGUGUUUUAUGUGCAUUUGCAUAUAUUAAUGUAUUUUAAAAUCAAAAUAUAUCUUUACUAACCCAUCUGUUCCGUAAAUGAAUUUGUUGCCUCCGGAAUUGUAACUUGUUUCACUUGAAUGUUUAUGUUAACAACGCCAACACAUACAUUGCAUACUGGAACGCUGCCAUACAAAGGGGUGCUCAAGUAUUUUUUUUAAUUUUAAAUAUUGUUGCGCUUUUCUGAUCGAAAUCUUUUUUGGGGAUCUAGUUAUCUUACUUCUAUUUUUAAUACUACUGAAACAUUUUCUAAAAUCCGAAAAAAAGCCAGUACCUUUGCCCUACCCGGGAAUCAAAACUAAAUCAAAGCUAAUGAAUGAUGUCUUACUAUUAAUGAACACUAUUUCAUAACACCCUGAAAAAAGAUUAUGUUGAGAAAACCACCAAUAGUUAAAAUUAAAAAAUAUAAUUUUGAAUGUCCCUUUGUAUGGUGGCGCUCCAGUGUGCGAUGGUACAAAGAAAGCAAUGAAUCGUGCAUAUAUAAUUAUAUUGUUGAUUAAUCAAUAUUGUUAUUAUUAUAUUUUAUAAUCUAUUUUCAUAGCCCGUGUGACUAAUGCCACACUGAUUGCUAUCCAAUAAUUAAAUAAAUAUACAUUUUUUUACUUUGGUACAUUAUCCAAUAGUUAUUGUCGUGUCGACAAUUCUGUUAAUAUGUAAUUCAAUAAUUAUGUAUUGAUUAAACAAAUGUUUCAACUGUUUGAACUAUUUUAUCUGCAUAUUGUGUAUUAAUUAAACCAAUUUGUCGCCUGUUUUAACGUUUAUAUUAUUUUCACAACUAUUAUUAUAACGGCGAAGUCACGGUUGUUGAGUAAGUCCCGUCUCAAUAGUAUUAAUAAUUGUAAAUAUUAUUUUAACUUCGCUUUAUAUUUUAACGGUCUGUAAAUUUGGAAGUUGUUGUUCUCUAUAUAUUUGUUAAGGCUUACUCCGCUAUUGUGGGAGGUGUUUACUUUUAAUGGUAAUUGUGUGAGUAAAAAGUUUGAACGAAUCAAAUGGUCUUUACACAAUUGUGUAUUAAAAGUCCCCCACUAACGUAGUAGGGCCUUACAUAUUCAAUAUAGUAUGUAUAGCAAUCUACACUUGUUCUACCUAGUAUGUAAUUUGCAUGUUACAUGUUAUAUGGUUGCAACAAUCUUGACUUGGCCGGGUUUAUUUACAUAUGUUAUAAUUAUUAUGAAUUGUUUAGUUUAUUCCUUUAUGUAAAUAAUUAAAGCAUUUAAAGUAUAAGAUAGAUAUUCUCAAUGGUAAACCUAGAAUAAGUAGGUAUAUGUUAUUGUUCGGGGCGUAGCAUCGGCCCCCUAAUACAUCACUUUAAUUUAUAGUUAGAAAACACAUAUUGUAAAAUCGGUUUUUGGUUUAAAAUAAUAAAAUAAACGUUAAAAAAGUUUG